UGCGUGGACAACUCACACCUCAACUCUCUUCCGACCCAAGACCAUGCCGUUGCCGCUCCCCACGUCCGCACUGCAGCGCCUGGACGCGCUUGCUGAGACCUACGGCACCCCGCUGCAGCUCUACGAUGAGCAGCUGAUCCGCGACAACGCUCGUCGCUUGCUAUCCGCUUUCCGCGCGCACUUCCCGGACUUUCAGCAGUUCUACGCUGUCAAGGCGCUGCCUAACCCGGCUAUCCUCAAGCUGCUGCACCAGGAGGGCUGCGGCAUGGACUGCAGCUCCUCGGCCGAGCUUCACAUUGUGAAGGAGCUGGGUGUUCCGGGCGACCAGGUCAUCUUCACGUCCAACUUCACUGCGCAGAAGGACCUUGCCACGGCCUUUGACCAGGGUGUCAUCAUGAACCUGGACGAUGUGUCGCUCGUCGACAGCCUUGUGGCUGUGCGUGGCAAGUGCCCCGAACUCAUGAGCUUCCGCCUCAACCCAGGCCUCGGUCGCACCGACUCGGAGACCAAAUCCAACGUGCUGGGUGGUCCCGAUGCCAAGUUCGGUGUGCCUCCCUUUCAGAUCGUUGAUGCCUACCGUAAGGCGCAGCAGGCUGGUGCCAAGCGUUUCGGCAUCCACAUGAUGACCGGGUCGUGCGUCAUGAACCAGGAUUACUGGCGCGAGACUGUCACGGUGCUCUUCAACACCAUCGUGCAGCUCAAGAAGGAGCUCGGCAUCGAGUUCGAGUUCAUGAACAUCGGUGGAGGUCUCGGUAUCCCGUACCGUGAGGACCAGGAGCCCGUGAACGUUGAGGCUAUUGCUAAGAUGCUGCGCGAGGUUUUCGACGAAGCUAUGAAGGAGCACGGACUCACGACGUUGCCUCGAUUGUGCAUGGAGAACGGCCGCUUUAUGACUGGCCCGUUCGGUUGGUUGGUCACGCGCUGCGAGGCCAUCAAGGAGACGUACGGUCGCUACUACGGUGUUGAUGCUUGUAUGGCUCAUCUGAUGAGACCUGGAAUGUAUGGCGCUUUUCACCACAUUUCCAUCCCGGCUCGCGCGAACGAGGAGGUUUCUCCUUCACACGUUGUGGGUACUCUGUGCGAGAACAACGACUGGUUCGCCAAAGACCGUUCGCUGCCCAAGGCGCAGGUGGGCGACCUGUUUGUCAUCCACGACACUGGUGCUCACUCGCACUCGAUGGGAUUCCAGUACAAUGGCAAGCUCCGUGCACCUGAGGUUCUCCUGCGUGCCGACGGCAGUGACUCGCUCAUUCGCGAACGCGAGACUUACGAGGCUCUGUACGGCAACUGCGUGAUCCCUGCGGACCUGUAAAUACCUAGACAAGAACGUUGGCGAUAGACGAGCACCAGGACGCAUUUCGUUUCCAAGCUCCUCCUCAAGAUAAUCGAUUAUUUUGAACGCGCGUCAAUAAUUUCUUUUAGAGAAGAAUCAAUUGAUGAGUAUGAAUUGGUUAUGUUUGACGUGUCUAGCCGCCGAUACCACGUGCCACGCCCUUCUCCUCGCUCUGCUGGCCGGCGAAGUUGUUGAAGAUCUGCUCAAGUGUGGUCUGCGAGACAGCGUACUCGCGGAUUCCUAGCUGCUGCUUGCUGCCUUCAACGCAUCGGAACACGCUCGCCAGCCGCGGGACUUGACCCGUGAGCUUAUAGCGACACAGAUCAUUCUGCCGUUCAAGAAGCUUCACACCAGUGUUGGCGUUAACAGCAAAGCUUUCGCGCAAGAAUUCAUCCAGCGACAGGAAUCGCUCCUCAGCAGCCCACCACGCGCAAAGCAUGCCCAGUCGCAACGUUCCAUCGCGCUCCAGCGCCGCGGCCAAUGCAUACCCGGUGGCAUGGUUCAUCACAACCUUAUCUGCCCAGGAUGCAUCACCAAGCGCCUCACAUUUGGCCCGCAGCUCUUCUCGAGGGAAUGUCGUCGUCGGAGCACUACCGCCGAAUACGGACGCUACGCGGGCUGCAAUGUCGUGUGUCGGUGUCCCUUUAAGCUUCAAUUCGAGCAUGAGGCCAUCACCGAAGCGAUGUUUCAAGUGCUGCACACUGCCAAGACAACGCAGUCGACCACCCACCAUGAUACCAACACGAGUACACAGCGCCUCGCACUCUUCCAUGCUGUGCGUGGUGAGGAUGAUCGUCGAUUCCUUCCGUUGUGUGGAAAUGGCAGCGAUGACG